AUGGAAGUGGUCGCUCAGGACUGUGUGAGUUGUACCACCAUCUGUUUCCCAGAUCUAACAAUGCACGUCUGCGGUGGGAGACGCCUUCGAAGAGCUGAUCACGUGUGGGGCCUCCACAAUGGCGGUCCAAUCCCUCCCAGCUCGCUGGAUGCAUUUAUCAAGAGGCAAAAUUCACUAUCCAAUUUGGCUUAA